AUGGCCAAGGAAGUCGACUCAAAAGUCAACCCGGAGCAGCGGCGCCUCUCCUCACAGCCCGCCAGAGCAGCGGCGCCUCGCCCUCACUGCCCCCCAGAGCACCGGCGCCUCCUCCUCACUGCCCCCCGUAGCAGCGGUACCUCCCCCUCAUCUCCAUGCCAGGUGCCUGAGAUGAGUGUGACUGAGCUGCACCAGCUACUGCCGCCCCCUCACCAGCUCACCCCCUCCCGCUCUUCUCUUCUUAUCCCCUCAUCUGCAUGCCAGGUGCCUGAGAUGAGUCUGCACCAGCUGCUGCCAUCCCAGCAGGUAGGGGGUGGGGGAGAGGGAUUGGGGACGAUUGGGGAGGCGGGUGGGACGGAAGUGAGGGGAGGUGGCGUGAGUGGGGGGGGGGUGAGGGGGCGUGAGUGGAGAGGGAGGAGGGGAAUCGGGGGGAGGAGGAGGGAGUUGGCAGGCGGCGGGCGGCGGGAGGUGGUGGUGGACACGCGCACAGAGAAAGAGACAGCAGUAUCAAUGAUUCCUGAGUCGACUCAAAAGUCACGGCAGGUAGUGGGGGUGGGUACUCGCAUUGAGGAGGAAGCCUCAAAGGUCACCUCGGCGGGUGGUGGUGGUGGACAUGCGCACAGAGGACGAUGCGGCAGUGUCGAUGAUUCUGGUGGCACACUGAAGCAGAGCGACUUCGAGCGGAUUAUGGGACGAUCCAGCGAUCAUCAACAUCUCUCCCGCAACUCCCUCGCGCACGCCUUUGUGUGCAAGCGCUGGUUCCGUCUCACGUGCCUCGCGCGCGUCUACCUCAAGGUUCCGCGCGCCGUGCACUCCGCGCAGCUUCUCUCCGCCGUAGACACAUUCCCGACAUUGUCACAACUCGAUAUAGCGGAGAACACCGUUCCGCACGCGACAGACGAACUCCUGCGCGGAAUUUCUGCACGCUGCCCCAGUCUCACGCGCCUGCUCAUCGGGUACCAGUUCCGCGCGCGCUUCUCCCCCGCAGGGCUCUCCGCGCUCUUCCGCGGGUGCGCACGCCUGCAGCAGCUCCGCCUGUUCUCCCUCAGCGGGAUCUCCGCGCUACCCGCGUCCCUCACGCUCCUCUCCCAGCUAGAAGUCCUCGAGUUAGGGGACGACCCGGCCUGGCGCGGAUUGGAUACGUUCACGAAACUGAUUGAACCCGAUAUAAGCCUAGAUUCGUUAAGCUGUAUGAGGAAGCUGGUUGUGAGCAGUCGCUGCUUUGAGAGCCUACCGUGGAGCAUCGGCGAGCUGACACGUUUGGAGCAUCUAGAAAUCCAUUCAGAGGUCCUUAGUUCGCUGCCCGGCAAUUUCGGGCAGCUAGGGUCGUUGGCGGUGCUGAAGCUCGAGGCCAAGUCUUUGGAGGAGCUGCCCGAGAGCCUGGGCAGGUUGAAAAACUUGCAGCGAUUGUGGCUGACAAACUGCGAGAGUCUGCCCAAACUUCCCGACUCGUUCGGGCAGCUUUCCAGCCUAUCCUUCCUCAGCAUACACCUCUGCGACCGGCUCCGGUCUCUCCCAGAAAGUUUCAGCUUCCUGCCCGCUUUGGAAACCCUAAAACUGCACGAGCUUUCGAGCCUGCGCACGCUGCCCGAACUCUUCGGGCACCUGCCGAAGCUGAGAGUCCUCGACAUGAGCACAUGCGGGGUGGUGCGCCUGCCCCUCUCCCUCUACCUCCUAGCCCGCUUGGAACGACUCAGCAUUGCAGCUCUCCCGGACCUCCCCCACGUGCCCCCCCUCACCGCGCAACUCCUCCCUCCACCACCCCGCCCGUCCCACGAAUCCCUUCCGCCUGGCACCGCCUCUGCAUCGCUUGCGCCUCCCUCCCCUUCCCAAGCGUCUUCGUCGGUUGCUCGGGGAGGCGUUUCUGGAGGAUCCUUUUCCGUCCCCCAUCAGAAUGUGAGUCAGGAGCAGGGGCAGGAUCAACAGAGGAGGGCGCGGCCUAUUGGGUUGCGUACUGGGUUGGGUGGGCGCAUGCAGGAAGAUGAGGAGGAGGAGGAGGAGGAGGAGGAGGAGGAGGAGGAGGAGGAGGAGGAGGAGGAGGAGGAGGAGGAGGAGGAGGAGGAGGAGGAGGAGGAGGAGGAGGAGGAGGAGGAGGAGGAGGAGGAGGAGGAGGAGGAGGAGGAGAGAGCGGAUGAGAUGCAGGAGGGGGUGGUGCAGCAGCAGCAGCAGCAGCAAGAGGAAGGGAGGCCAUGGGAAGGGGGGGAACAGCAGGAGGGGAAUCUGGCAGGGAACUACUCCCACUGGAGUGUGGGGAGGCAGUUUCCUUCGUCCUCGUUAGGGCUGUCCUCGUUAGUGAUACUAGAGAUGACGGACCACACUGGGAUCCUUGCCUUGCCCAAAGAUCUAGGCUGCCUGCCAAAGUUGGAGCUUCUCAGGCUGGUCAGACUGGACAAUUUCACUGUCCUGCCCGAUUCUCUCGGGCAGCUGAAAUCCCUGCGCAAGCUAAUGCUUUCUCAGCUGCCCAAUCUAGAGUACCUCCCUGCCUCUCUCCCACAACUGCCAUCCCUCGAACUGCUGGUCAUUCACCAAUGUGCCAACCUGGCAUCCCUGCCACGUGGCACAAUCUCAGGCCUUCGGAACCUGUCCAAGGUGGCACUUAUUGAGUGCACAAGCUUGUGCAGUCUGGAUAGUGAGGAGGGGAAGGCCAGCAGGGGCGGCACGGACACGUUACGGCAUGUGCUUGUGUUUGAUUGUGGCAUGAAGUCCCUUCCACCAUCUCUUCUACAUGUGGAGUCACUACAGACUGUACACUUUCGAAAUGGGGGGUGGUUUGGUUUUCCGGUGUUUUCAUUGCCGGAGGUGUACGGGUUUUCCAGUCAGCUGCCCGAGAGGAUGGGCAGCUUGGCCAACCUUCAGCAGCUGCGGUUGAGGGACUGCACAGGUUUGGUGUCACUGCCCGACUCUUUUGGGCAGCUCAGAAUAAAACUUUUGGAGCUCCAUAACUGUGCAUCUCUCACCGCCCUUCCCCAUACUUUUGGGUCGCUCUCCCAACUGCAGACCCUUCGCAUGAUCUGGGUGUAUCAUUUAUCCAGCCUGCCCGACUCCUUCAGGCAGCUCUCAAAUCUCCGUUUUCUGGAUCUGGAGCAGUGCACAGCUCUUCGAGACCUGCCCGGCCCGGUCGACUCCCCUUGCCUAGGCCAGAUAUGGCUGCCCGCUCUCGAAAGCCUUCGUCUGGUGGGACUCCGCCAUCUGGACUCUCUCCCUCCACUCGGGCAGCUGAAAAACCUUCGCAGGCUGACCGUGUCACUUCUGUGGAAGCUUGAGGAGCUUCCUCCGUCUCUCUCCCUGCUCUCCAACCUGCAAGCCCUAGUCAUCCAUGGCUGCUCGCAGCUCGAAUCCCUCCCACACAACAUCCCCUCUGCCUUGUCCUCUCUCUCCUCCCUCGCGAUUCGCUCCUGCCUCAGCAUUCAAGAUCUGGAUUUUCUUCCGUUCUGCAAUGGUGCUAUGGAGGCAUGUAGUGUGGGUGGGGUGGAGGGGUGGGUGAUCAGUGAAGCGGUGAAUUUCGAUGCGUUACGGUGCGACAAUGUGGAGGGGGAUUCUCCUCCUGAAGCUGAAAUGUGCACAUUAGCAGGUGCUGCCAGAGUCGCUGUGGCUGCUGCCAUCUCUCCAAUUUGUGCACCAUUUCAAUCACAAGCGGAUGGGCGGUAA